CUGUUAAUGAUUACACAAGAGCCUCAGAAACGGUAACGUUGGAAGGCAGUGAUGGCGUUUAGCUCAUCCCUUCACAUUUCCCUCAAAUCCCUUCUCUGAAAAAGCCUUUUCCAUUUCCCUUCCCCAACAACGUUUUCCUGCUUCUCUUCCCCCUCUCUAUAAAGCCCUUCUUCUCGAAGGAAAGCAACGAAAAGAGAAGCAGAACCAGAAGAAAGAUGUUGCCCAGAGUUACCGGCUUGCCGUGGAUGGAAGAGCACAGAGCCGACGAGCCCAACAACAACAACAAUGGUGGCGGCGGCGCCGGAUUAGGCAUGGAGAACCAUAACCCGCACGAGAUGGGUCCAAUCUCCACGUUCAAAUCAAUGCUCGGAGUUGAGGACGAGGAGUGGUAUUUGAACGCCAGCAACGGGAUCACUUUCCCGGCGAGCUUCGGCGAGGCCGAUAACAGUUUGCUGCUCCAGCCGGUGGACUCGUCGGCUUCGUGUUCCCCGUCGUCGGCGUCGGUGUUCACCGGCCUGGACCCCGCUCCGCCGCCGUACUUCCUGCCCCUCAAGCCUGCCAUGCCGCCGCUUCUCAACCCACUAGAGAACGCCUUCGAUCUGGGUCUGGAAAGUGGAUUUCUUGAGAAUUUCGGCGAUUUGAGGCCGCAGCCUCAUCUGGGUAUUCCGAAUUUGAGCUCCGAUCCUCAAUUUUCCACCUCUCAGUUGCUCCAAUUGGCCGGAAACGCCCGCCCGGUGACGGGUCCCGGUUUCGGCCCUGUCGGGUUCCCGGGUUUCGGCGAGGCUUCUUCUGCAGCUCCCUCUUUGUUCAUCAACCGCUCCAAAUUGUUGAAGCCGCUCGAGAAUUUCGCUUCGAACGGCGAGCAGCCGACUCUGUUUCAGAAACGAGCGGCUCUGCGGAAGAAUUUGGCCAACAAUGACGCCAAUUUUGAAGUUCUGGUUGCCGAAGGAGAAAAUGAGAGGAAGAGGAAACAGAGUAGUGGGGAAGAGGUUGAGGACCUGAGCAUUGACGGGUCUGGUCUGAAUUACGAUUCGGACGAGUUCAUGGAAACCAACAAGGUGGAAGAAAGUAGCAAAAAUGGUGGAACCAGUUCCAAUGCUAACAGUACUGUUACCGGUGUAGAUCAGAAGGGGAAAAAGAAGGGGCUUCCGGCAAAGAAUCUGAUGGCCGAAAGGCGGCGCCGGAAGAAGCUCAACGACAGGCUUUACAUGCUGCGCUCUGUGGUGCCGAAGAUUAGCAAGAUGGAUAGGGCUUCAAUUCUUGGAGAUGCAAUUGAAUACUUGAAGGAGCUUCUGAAGAAGAUCAAUGACCUCAACAAUGAACUGGAAUCAAGCCCUCCUGGCUCUUUAUUGACACCCACGACCACAAGCUUCUACCCUUUGACACCCACCCCACCUUCUCUGCCCGGUCGUAUCAAGGAAGAGUUUUGCCCAAGUUCAUUGCCAAGCCCAAACGGACAGCCUGCAAGGGUUGAAGUAAGGAUGAGAGAAGGAAGAGCUGUUAACAUCCACAUGUUUUGUGGCCGCAGACCAGGUCUCUUGCUCUCAACCAUGAGGGCUCUGGACGACCUUGGGCUCGACAUCCAACAAGCUGUCAUCAGCUGCUUCAAUGGUUUUGCAUUGGAUAUCUUUCGAGCUGAGCAAUGCAGAGAAGGCCAAGACGUCCACCCAGACCAAAUCAGAGCAGUUCUCUUGGAUUCAGCUGGCUUGCUGGCAUGAUCUAUGGCUCUCAACCAAUCACCUCGACAGUUGCAGGUAAAACCGCCCGACUAUGCAGUUUGUGAGCUUUCCCCGUCUAACAAUAUCUGCAGACGCAAGUUCAUGCAGCGGCGGCGGCGGCGGCGGCUUAUGGGCUCUCUGGGGAUUUGGCCAGUAUCAGGCAUCAUCUGUUUUAGUAGUUCUUCAAUCUAGUAUAGACAACCAACCUGCAUUAGCUUAGCUCUAUAUAUGUUAGUUUUCUAAAGAACCUCUUCUUGAAUUUAUGUUAGGCUUCUUCUGAAGUAGCUCUUCUUGAAUUUAAGCAUGUGGCAAGGCAUUUUCAGUUUAGGCUUCUACUUAAACAAUGCAUUGCCAUCCCCCAAAUGGAAUGAAGCUGCUCUGCAAGCAGUUCUUAAA